AUGGAUUUGUCUGUUGAAUUUGGUACGUCUAAUGUUCUUCAUGCUUUUACCCCUGGUGGAACGAAGAUAUGGAUUCCAUGUUGUGAUAGUGAAAUUAGACCAACUAUAGGUACGAAAUUUUCAAAACUUGUUGAAGCUGGGUUUAAAGGAAAACGAAAUAAUGUGGUGACAGAGAAAGUUGAUAGUAUCGGGGAAGAAGAUGAUAAUUUUGUAGAUGAUAUGAAUGUUGAAGAAGUGGUUGUUGGUCAAGAUAAAGAAGACUAUGAUUGUCAAGAAGCGAAUACUCGUAUGGUUAAAAGAAGAUUGUCUACUCGAGUUGGUUGUAAGGCAAAGAUGAUUUUAAAGUAUUGCGAAGAUGGAGGUUACAUUGUUUCUAAUUUUGAAGAAGGGCAUACUCAUCAUUUGAAUAUGGUGAAUAUUGGUCCUGUCAAGACAUACAGAAUGGUGAAGGAAUAUGUUGGUGGGUAUGAGAAUAUAGGCGCUAGUAGGAAUGACUUCAAAAAUUUUCAUAGAGAUUUGAAGGCGUAUAUUGAAGGAUCGGACGCCCAGAUGUUUGUUGAUAAUUUUAAGAGGAAGAAGUUGAUGUGGUCGGCUUAUUUUUUUGAUUACGAAAUGGAUGAAGACGACUGUCUAUGUAGAGCUUUAUGGGCAGAUCCUAUUUGUCGGAGAAAUUAUGCCGUAUUUGGUGAUAUGCUCUCGUUUGAUACAACCUACCAAAGCAACAGAUAUAAUAUGGUAUUUGGUCCAUUCACGGGAGUCGAUCACCAUAAGAAAUGUGUCACUUUUGAUGCUGGUUUUAUUGCAAAGGAAGAUGUUGCUUCUUUCGAAUGGCUAUUUAGAACAUUUGUUAAGGCAAUGGGUGGUAGGGAGCCCAAUUGUUUAAUUACGGAUCAAGAUCCAGCUAUGAAAAUUGCUGUAAAUUCUGUUUUCCAACAAUGUGAGCACAGCUGUUAUGAUGUUAAAUAUUAUUGUUUCAAAUUUAUUGGUUCAGAUUAG